UCCGAGGGCGCCCCCCCCCACCCCCUGCCACUCAAGGCCCGCUACCGCUGGCGGCGCGCGCGCCCGCCACAGACGUGCAGCGGACCAAUCGGAGAGGAGGGACGGCUUCUUCGCCCUGCCCCUCGCGGCCUCUCACGCAGCGACUUACCAGGUUCCCUCCCCCACCCCUUCCUUCAACCAAUCAGGAAACGGCUCUAAGGGAGCGCGCGAGGUUUCCUUCCCCGCGCACCCGUUCUCACCGUUAAACGGCUGCGUCUCGCGACAAUCCUAAAGUGACCUUCCUCCCCCCCUCCCCCGCCCCACGAGCUCGACGCGCGCUAGGGGCAGUGGGAGGAGCAGGUCCCGCGAGGAGAUUGGUGGGAGGAAAACGCACCUUUUUCCCCGCCUCGCGCGCACCCUGGACUGGCUGCGCGCGCACCUGCCUCCCUAAGGAGCCGCUAAUGCCACAGGGCUCUUUCUAUCCUUCUUCCUUAAGCCGUGGAAGUAGCCUUGGCGUUCUUCUGCCUCCACCCCGACCCCACUUUCCUGUCUGUGGCCUUUCUGUCCCCAGCGCCGCCAGGUCUUGCGGAAAGAAGGGGAAAAUUUUUUGAGUUGUCGCUUCUCCUUUAAGAAAAAAAACGCCGUCGGCUGCCGGAUGAAAGUCUCUGAAAAAAUGGCGGCGGUAGAACAGAGGCGGGGUCGUGAGGGCAAGGAGGGCCCGCCUCUUGGCGCAUGCGCAGGGUCAACUUGUCAAAAGGCAUCCUGGGAGAUGAAGUCCUGAAUAUCCUGAGCUUUAGGAAAAGACGACAGGCAACCGGAGGCGUAGAGGAUGCUGGGAGGUUUUGAGUGAUGCACGAUGGGAAAGGUAGUUUACUCGUUCUGCAGUGGGCGUUUGUUCUUUCAAGGAGGUAGUAUUUCCGGGUUAGGCCACGAAACUUGCACAGAUCCCAGCUGUGUUGUCGGGGCAGUUGCUGGUUGGGAUAGCUUAGGACUGUUUUCCCGACUUUGGAAUCGGUGUUGGCGACACAUUUCUUGGGUGGCCACGUUCACAGUGGCCUGGGUUGGUUACUUUGCACCUCCUAGCGUUCAUGUUUGCAGUAUACGCCUCGUCAUCUUACGUGUGACCCGUGAGCUCCUAGAGGUCAGGCACUGAAUCUGGAUCCGUCGGGUGCUUGGCGCAUAGCACAAACCCACCACUCAUUUGGUUCUUAAUGAAAGUCUGUGGAGGGGCGCCUGGGUGGCUCAGUCCAUUAAGCCUGGGACUUCAGCUCGGGUCAUGAUCUCACAGCUGGUGGGUUCCAGCCCCACGUGGGGCUCUGUGCUGACAGCUCAGAACCUGGACCCUGCUUUGGAUUCUGUGUCUUCCUCUCUCUGUCUCUACCCCACUCGCACUCUGUCUCUCUGUGUCUAUUAAAAAUAAACGGUAAAAAAAAAAAUUUUUUUUUAAAAUAAAAGUUUGCGGAAAGGAUUCUAGAGUUGCUGUUUUACCAGAUGUUGGUGCCAAGGAGCUGGCGUCAGCUGCCUAACUUGGCUGUGGUCCCUGGGCUGCAGGGAAGGGGGUAGGGUGAAGGGUUGUUAUCGUGAUUCUGUGACCUACUCAGAGAAACCCAAGGCCUCUUUCAUGCUCCCUCCCUCAAAGCCACUUGGCUUCUGUGGUUUUGAAUGUUUCUGCUGCACAGGAAGCACGGUCAGAAUAGCAGCUUUGUCAGAAAUUACCUGUCUGUUCACUAGCAUAUGCAACUAUAUUAUCCUAAUGCGUCAAAUGGGAGUUUCCAUUUGUUUUCCAAGUUGCAGUCAGUGACUCCUGCAUUCCUUCCUUACUGCUUUUCAUGAACUAUACCCAGGAAGCGAUGUGAGAGAAUGGUUCUUACCCCUAGAAAAUAAAACAUCCAGGGUUAAAACCCCCCAGAGAAAGCAGUUGGAAACAAGAUCUGGGGAUCCAAUUCUAAAUUUCACAUAAAUCAUUAAGUUAAACUGCAGAUGGAGUCUAAUAUUUGCAAGCCAAGUGCUGAAGUGCAUUUUUCCUCGGUGUCUUGGCUUAGUUACCAGUUCAGAUGAGGCAAAUGGCAUAUUUGCUGUCGAGUGUUCUGCACUUUCAUAGGACUAGUGACAUUUCAGUUGUAAAAACUACAGAUUAGUGUGGAUGGGAAUUUUUUCAAACCCAUCUGGACUUUUGGAACAGCACUGACAUCCAAUGGCUGCUCAAAGUAAUGCAGAGUGGGAAUCUUUUGAUUAAAAAAAAAAAAUCUUUGUGUCAGGAGGGAAUGAAAGAAUCAAUAAUUCCUUUAGAUCAACCAAAAAAAAAAAAAAAAAAAAGACCACUGGAUUGCAGAGGAAAGAUCACAGGCAUUGAAACUAAAUCUGGAUUGGGGCGCCUGGGUGACUCGGUUGGUUGAGCAUCUGACUUCAGCUCAGGUCACGAUCUCACAAUUCAUGGGUUGCAGUCUCACAGUUCGUGGGUUGGUGGGUUUGAGCCCUACCUCGGGUUUUGCACUGACAGUGAGAAGCCUGCUUUAGAUUCUCUCUCUCUGGAUUAUAGUAAAUAGUAAAGCUACCUAUAAUUCUGUUAAUUUCCUCAAGUUACCACUCCUUGAAUUUAUUUCACUACUGGUAGAGAUGGAGAUAAUAAUAUCUGUUUCACAGGGCCAUAAUUAUAGUUCUUCACACACUGCCUUCUCAUAGGAGGCCUUUUGUAAAUGUUUUAUUUCAUUCAAGGUGAGUAAAAUCAGAGUGGUAAAAGAUGAAAGUUAAUCUCAGUGUCCUUUUUCAGAGAAAUUGCUAGAAAGCAACAUAGCUAAGCAGAAAUUGUGCUUCACUGAGACAUCUGCAGCUUAACGCCUUGUGUCUUGUCUUCCCAUUUCAUUCUUCAUGACUGCUAUAGUUGGUUGUGUUUUGGACCACAGACGUAGCCAGGCCCUGAAAAUCUAAAUGUGACUACUACUCUGCCCUGCUGUUAAUGGAUUUACAGUCUAUUCAGGAAAGCAGGGAAGCAUAGUUUCAGGAUAAUUAAGUGAAUGAAGACAGCAAAACGAAUUGGGUGCUGGUUAACUGAUGGAAAUUUUAUGAAGGAAACUGCUUUUGUGGUCCCCAGCUUUAUGUGCACACACACGCAUACACAUACUCACAUACACUCACACACGGCGGGUUUUCUGAUGCUCCAGCCACACUGGAGGAAACAAGUGCAAAUCUGCCACUCCCAUGAAUUCAAGAUGAAUCCUGGCACAUAGUAGGAGUUCAAUUUUUUCAAAGUUAAUUUUGAAUCUUUAUCACCCUGUCCAAUGCACUAACAGAACUCAAAUCCUACUACCCAUCUUUCUAUGUCCCAUUUUUAGAACCCUAACUUUUCAAAAAGAAAAGAAAAAAAAAAACCUCACCAAAUCAAAAGAGAGGAAGUGCUACGCAAAUACAGGAACCAAAAAGGGUUAUAGAGGCUGCUUCAUGCUGUUUCGUUUAGUUCCUUUGCAGUCCUCUUCAGCACAUGCUAAAACAGUUCCUCACAACCUGUGGGACCAGCGCAUCUUGGGGUGCGUGACAAUGGAAGAGUUAGAUGCCUUAUUGGAGGAACUGGAACGCUCCACUCUCCAGGACAGUGAUGAAUCCUCCAGCCCAGCUCCUCUUUCCCUGGAUCAGCAUUCCAGAAAGGAGACUGACCUUGCUGAGACUUCAGGUGUCCCUUCUGUUCAGAAUGAUACAAGUCCCUUGCUGGUACAGCUCGUGUAUACGACCCAUAUCCAGGAGCCCAAUAUCUACAGUGAGGUCCAAGAGCCAAACAAAGCACGGCUGCCUCCUAAAACCUCAGCAGCUGCCCAGCUGGAUGAGCUUAUGGCCCAUCUGUGUGACAUGCACACCCAGGUUGCAGCGAAAGCAGAUGCCAGCAAGAAGCACUUAGCAAACAAGCAGGAUCAGAAAGCCUCCCUGGACUCAAUGCUGGGGGGUUUGGAGCAGGACCUGCAGGACCUUGGAAUUGCCACAGUGCCCAAGGGCCACUGUGCUUCCUGUCAGAAGCCGAUUGCUGGCAAGGCGAUCCAUGCUCUGGGGCAAGCGUGGCACCCGGAGCACUUCGUCUGCGCUCACUGCAAAGAGGAGAUUGGCUGCAGCCCCUUCUUCGAGCGCAGUGGCUUGGCCUACUGCCCCAAGGACUACCACCACCUUUUCUCCCCGCGCUGUGCUUACUGCGCUGCUCCCAUCCUGGACAAAGUGCUGACGGCAAUGAACCAGACCUGGCAUCCGGAGCACUUCUUCUGCUCGCACUGCGGAGAGGUGUUCGGGGCGGAAGGCUUUCACGAGAAGGACAAGAAGCCGUACUGCCGGAAGGAUUUCUUAGCCAUGUUCUCACCCAAGUGUGGUGGCUGCAACCGCCCAGUGUUGGAAAACUACCUUUCAGCCAUGGACACCGUCUGGCACCCGGAAUGCUUUGUUUGUGGGGACUGCUUCAGCAGUUUUUCUGCUGGAUCCUUCUUUGAACUGGACGGACGUCCCUACUGUGAGCUGCAUUACCACCAGCGCCAAGGAACACUGUGCCGCGGGUGCGGGCAGCCCAUCACCGGCCGCUGCAUCAGUGCCAUGGGCCACAAGUUCCAUCCUGAGCACUUUGUCUGUGCUUUCUGCCUGACACAGUUGUCAAAGGGCGUCUUCAGGGAGCAGGAUGACAAGACCUACUGUCAACCCUGCUUCCACAAACUCUUCCCACUGUAAUCUCAGCUGACCCCACGGUCCCUGCAGAUGCCCUGUAAAGUUUAAACCAGGAGAGCAAAGAGUGCUCUGUUGUUACCGCUCUUCUCAGUGGGCAUAGAGAGAAAGUAAAUAGAUCUAGAAAGAACCUUCUAGAUGUUACAUGGCUAGGCUUGCAGUCUUAGGUUUUAGAUUUCUAGUCUUUUUCUUUUUUUUUAAAUCGGGUACUUGGAUCUAUAUCUAGGUCCUGCUGUUAGUGCCUCUGCAGAUGCGUCUUCCACAUGCACACAUUUAUUUCACCGCUGGUUGUCUCCCAUUUUCACCCCGGGGACGACCCUGCCCAUGUCUUCUCUCCUGUGGCCCUCAUAACUGGGCCUUUUCACACCUCCCUGGUUUCCCUCUGGGACUCAUUUUCCUUUGACCGCUGCAUUAUCCUUGCUGUCAGCAGUCCUGAGGCCCCUCCCAAGUUCCCUUCAUCUCUCUUCAGUAUACUUCUCUUUUUCAAGAGGAUGUCGGUUUUAACUGGACUACUUUGAGUACCAACAUCACUGAUAAAUAAAACGGCUUUUAGUUUUAAUGUCUUGCUGUCAUGUUUAGAGAUAAACUUCCGCUUCCUGGGUUAUAUACUAGGUACUAUGUGCAAUUAAAUUCACAUCAUAUCUCUUGUUUACUUCCACACAAUAGGCACUUUGUUUUAAUCAAAAGAAAUUGAAAGGAGGGAUUCCUGUUCACUAAGUUUUCUCUUAAUCUGGGCCCUUAACAUUCAUUUCAUCUUAGUUUUUGCAUUGAGGUGAUUGAAUCAUCUUAAAAGAUGGCAAAGCUCCUUAAAAUUGUUUUUGUCACUUUGUUCUUGUGGUUUGUGGGUUCGAGCCCCAAGCUGGUCUCUGUGCUCACAGCUCAGAGCCUGGAGCCUGCUUCUCCCUCCCUUUGUUUACCUAAAGUGAAAAAACAGAUCUCCACUAGACACUUGAAAAUUCUUAUUUGCCUAUGUAUGCAUUGCUACAAACUCAUAAAAUUGUAUGUAUUAAAUACAUCCAUUUUUUAUAUCAAUUAUAUCUCAAUAAAGCUUUUUUUUUUUUAA